AUGGACUCCCCCAAAUUCAUCGAAAAGCUCCCCGUUGAACUCCCUCAAGUCGAUAACACAAAGAGCGAAGAAGGGCCACUAGCGGCCUUUCCUCGAAGCUGGCGUCCUUAUCUCGAGCUCAUGCGAGUGGACAAGCCCACUGGUACGAAACUCAUGUUCUGGCCCUUCGCGUGGGGCCUCACCAUGGCCGCGUACACGCUAAAACUCCCUCUUGCGAACUAUGCUCAGGAGUUCUUGAAAUGUAUUAUCAGCGCCUUCAUCAUCCGCAGCUCUGCUUGUACCAUCAAUGACAUUUUUGACCGCGAUAUGGAUGCUGGCGUAGAGAGAACCAAAGGCCGGCCAUUAGCGAGCGGACGUAUCACGGUUUUCAACGCGACCGUCUUUGUAAUAUUCCAAUACAUCAUUGGUGUGGGAUUCUUCUACGCUGUAGUUAAUGGCCUCGCGCUUUGGGUCGCGCUGUUCCAACUUCUUCCAAUCUUUGCUAUAUACCCGCUACUAAAGCGAGUUACUUAUUGGCCGCAAGCCUGGCUAGGCUUCGCAAUGAACUUUGGUUUCAUCACCGCAUGGAUAUCUACUACGGAAAUUGUCGAUAUUCCCCUCCUCGUUGCUGCUACGAUAGGGUGCUGGUGCUGGACAAUGCUCUACGAUACUAUUUAUGCUUGUCAAGAUAUUGAAGACGAUGUCAAGAUGGGGGUGCGAUCUACAGCGAUUCUAUUUGGCACUUGGAUUCGGCCGCUCCUCAUUGCAUGUGGGAUCACCUUUAUCGUGAUGCUUUCCUGGGCAGGUGUUCUUAAUGGUCAAGGGUCACCCUUUUUUGCCAUAUCCGUAGGCGGAACUACUGUUCAUCUGAUCUCCCAAUAUCGCACAGUCAAUCUUGAUGUGCCAGCUAGCUGUUGGCAGAAUUUUAUGAGUAAUGGACAGCUUGGAUGGAUUAUUUGGGGCGGGCUGAUAGCGGAUUACAUGUUACGGCUUCUUCAACAGCGUUGUACAACAUUCUGA